AUGAAAGGUUCAUUUGUCCUUAUAUGGCAUGGCGAAAGCAAUGUGGCUACAACAUCUAAUAUGUAUGUUGACAACGAACCAAAUGAAGACGAUGAGUCUGAAGAUCAAUUGGAUGAAAUGUUUCGCGAUGUUGGAGAGGAGUUCACCGAUCGGUCAAACAAGUUGGAUGAAUUAUUGAAGGAUUCAAAAUUACCUUUGUGGCCGGCUGAGAAUGGGUGGAGUGACAAGAGCUUUACUGUGCUACUUGAGAUAUUAAAGGAUAUGCUUCCAAAUGAUAAUGAACUUCAGAAGAGUACAUAUGAUGCCAAGAAGAUUUUGUGUCCCAUGGGUAUAGGAUAUAAAAAGAUACAUGUUUGCCCUAACGAUUGCAUAUUGUUUAGGAAUGAUUACAAAGACUUGCAUACAUGUCCAAUAUGUGGGGCAUCUCGUUUCAAAACAAGAGAGAAUGUUGCUGGGAAAGUAAGUUUGAAAAGUCCACCAGCUAAAGUUAUGUGGUAUCUUCCAAUUCUCUCAACAUUUAAGCGUAUUUUUGCUAAUCCAAGCGACGCGAAAAACUUAACAUGGCAUGUAGAUCAAAAAAUUUCUGAUGGCAAGUUUCGGUACCCGGCUGAUUCUCGUCAAUGGACAACAUUUGAUAAUGCAUUUCUUGAAUUUGGUCACGAGUCGAGAAAUCUUAGUCUUGGACUUUGUAUUGAUGGAAAUGAUAUAGAUGUCUUUUUGGUGCCUUUGAUUGAAGACUUGAAAAGUUUGUGGGAUGAAGCUUAUGGAAACCUAUCUGGAUAUAGUGUCAAAGGACAUAAGGCAUGCCCCAUAUGUGAAGACAAUACAUGUUAUCAUCAAUUUGUUCAUGGCAGAAAGACAGUCUACAUGGGGCAUCGAAGAUUUCUAGAUAAAUUUCAUCCUUAUCGAAGAUUAAAAAAAGCUUUCAAUGGGGUACAAGACUAUACAGAUGCUCCACAACCAUUAACUGAGAUUCAAACACUAGAUGUCAGACAUAGUAUUGAUGUGAUGCAUGUGGAGAAAAAUGUGUGUGAUAGUCUUGUUGGAACUCUUUUAGACAUAAAAGGUAAGACUAAAGAUGGUCUCAAUGCUAGAUUGGACUUGAUUGAAAUGGGUAUACGACCUACAUUAGCUCCACGCAGUGGUGAUAAGAAGACAUAUUUGCCUCCAACUGCUCAUACUUUGUCAAAAAAGGAGAGAAUCAGUUUUUGUGAAUGUUUACGUGGGGUGAAGUCUCAUGAUUGCCAUGCCUUAAUGCAACAACUAUUGCCAGUGGCUGUUAGAGGCAUAUUGCCUAAAAAGUUGAGAUAUACCGUCAUCAGACUUUGUUUCUUUUUCAAUGCAAUUUGUGCGAAAAUUAUUGAUUUAGACAAAUUAGAUGAAUUGCAGAAUGACAUUAUAGUUACACUGUGUCAGCUAGAGAUGCAUUUUCCACUUGCGUUUUUUGAUAUCAUAGUUCAUUUGCUUGUACAUUUGGUGAGAGAGAUCAGAGAGUGUGGUCCAGCUUAUUUGAGGUGGAUGUACCCAUUUGAACGGUACAUGAAAGUCUUAAAAGGUUAUGUGAGGAACUGA